AUGGGGACAGGGUUUUUGAUAUUCCUGUUUCUAUUCGUAAUUAUUUUUUUGUUGCAAAUAGUUGGCUUCUCCUCCCCAUAUUGGGAUAUAAAGUGUGAAAAAAAUUACGAUUCAGACAUUAAUAAUUCAAACAACGAGACAUGUUUCUACCAAGGAUUGUUUUAUGGAUGUGACAUCAAUGGAAAUUGUAGACUAACAAACAUUAUAGACAGCAGAGUUUUUGGAUUAGCAGUAGGCAUUAUUACUGGGAACGUUAUCGUAUUGGUUCUUUUAAUUCUUGUCCUGGCUCAUGUAAGCGAGAAUAACAAAAAAUCAAUGAAGACAGGAGCAUUGUUAUUGUUUACUGCUACAGAGAUAUUGAAUAUUGCUUCGACAAUAAUUGUUUGGAUGGACAGUUAUGAUGUGGGUUGGAGUUGGUGGGUUACUUCCUGGUCCGCAGUCGUUCUUAUAGCCAUCAUUGCAUUAACAUGCUUGUGUGCCUUACUGGUAGCUGAGGACAGAGAGAACAAUAACUACAAUCAUUAUUGUGUUUGCCAGUAUGUUUUAAUAGAUUGAAAGAUAAUUGUGAACGAAUCAUAUACCUUAAUUUUUGUAAUUAUUUAUCUAAAAAGAAUGUUUAAGGAGA